CUUUUGUUUAGGAGAUACCAAAUAUUCAUGUACUCAAUGCAAUUUUGACGUAGGUACCUCACAAACCCCGAGGGUCCGCCUGCGCUUCCUUGUUUCCUUCGACCACAAAAUUUCAUCCAACCUUUUUCUCUCCCGUACCUGAUACGAUCGAUCUUUCACCACCCCCCCAAAGCAUCACUCCACAGAAGAAAGACCGUAUCUUAGAUCACUCAUUAUCCUCACGCCAAAAUGAGUGACGCCCAGGCGAGCGAGGCUGAGAAAAACAUUGAGAUAUGGAAAGUCAAGAAGCUCAUCAAGCGACUUGAGGCCGCUCGAGGAAAUGGCACCAGCAUGAUUUCUCUAAUCAUCCCUCCCAAGGAUCAGAUUUCGCGGGCAGCAAAGAUGUUGGCUGAAGAAUAUGGAACCGCCUCGAAUAUCAAGUCUCGUGUCAACCGACAGUCUGUGCUUUCCGCCAUCACCUCUACCCAACAGCGACUCAAGCUGUACAACAAGGUCCCUCCCAACGGUCUUGUUGUCUACUGCGGUGAAAUCUUGACUUCGGAAGGAAAGGAACGAAAGGUCAACAUCGACUUUGAGCCCUUUAAGCCCAUCAACACUUCCCUAUACCUCUGCGACAAUAAAUUCCACACCGAAGCCUUGGCUGAGCUGCUUGAAUCCGACCAGAAGUUUGGUUUUAUUGUCAUGGAUGGUAAUGGUGCUCUUUUCGGUACUCUUAGUGGAAAUACUCGUGACGUUGUUCACAAAUUCUCGGUUGAUCUACCCAAGAAGCACGGUCGUGGUGGACAGUCUGCCCUUCGUUUCGCGCGUCUUAGAGAAGAAAAGCGACACAACUACGUCCGAAAAGUUGCCGAGUUGGCUGUUCAGAAUUUUAUCACCAACGACAAGGUCAAUGUUGCUGGUAUCAUCCUUGCUGGUUCCGCCGACUUCAAAAACGAUCUUAAUGCCUCCGACAUGUUCGACAAUCGACUACAGACCAAGGUUAUCAAGGUUGUCGACGUGUCAUACGGUGGCGAGAACGGCUUCAACCAAGCUAUCGAGUUGUCUUCUGAGACUCUAGGAAAUGUCAAGUUUAUCCAGGAGAAGAAGCUCAUUGGCAAGUACUUUGAGGAGAUCAGCCAGGAUACCGGCAAAGUCUGCUAUGGUAUCGAGGACACGCUCAAGGCGCUGGAGCUUGGCGCAGUGGAGACUUUGAUCGUCUUCGAAAAUCUCGAAAUUACGCGAUGGGUCCUAAAGGAUAGCAACAACGCUGAGAUUAUUCUCCACACCACUAAGCAGCAAGAGACUGGCGAUCGUUCCAAGUUCAUGGACAAGGAAAGCGGACAGGAGAUGGAAGUAGUUUCCCAGGAUUCUUUCCUCGAGUGGAUUGCAGAGCACUACAAGGAUUUCGGAACCAACCUAGAAUUCGUAUCGGAUAGAUCGACCGAAGGCAAUCAGUUCGUGAAGGGAUUUGGUGGUGUUGGUGGUAUUCUCCGUUACAAGGUGAACUUCGAACAGUUAGCCGAAGUGGAUGACGAUGAUGACUACUACGACGAUUGACAGGUAUGAAGUCAAAGUUCUUUUAUAUCAAAUCACAAAAACAUGUUGAAAAUUUUCCUGUUCUCUCAGCAAUGCCUCUCGAAUCUUUUUUUCUGUAUAAGCACUAACGUGAGCGCGUAUAUAGUUUGAGGAAUCCCUCGUUCUUGACGAGGGGCAAGCUCAAGCUGUCCCAUCUAAGCAGGCAUCUAUCGUGAAAGCACCGGAGCGUCCGCUGCCGCAACUCCCCGCGCCAGCCCCGGCGCCGGUCUCCGGACCAGCGCGAAAACCAAAGGCAACUUCGUUCGCUCAGCGACGUUUGGCAAAAUCUGGCCCCGCAAAUUCGGAGCACACGGCCAGACAGGUGGCGACACCCAGCCCGCUUCGCUCUAUGAUGAUGGCUUGAGUUGACUUAUGGCAUAGAAAGGAG